AUGGUUUCAGGAUGGCUGGUGUUUAUCCUGGGCUGCCUGGGCCAGCUGAGUGCCUUGAAUGUCUCGAUUACAGCUGAGGAACUAAAACUGGAGGAGAGAUUGCUGCGUAUGCUGGCCAGACUUCGUUUACAGGAGGAGUUUAAUACCCUGCUAAUCUAUGGAGAUGAGUGUGUUUUCCAUUCUCUACUAAGACACCUGGUUACACCCACAGUUGUGGUAUCUUCAGGCAGCACUGACUUUGACUGGAAUUUCAGUAGCUCCACUCUGAUUCUGACCUGCUCUCCAGAAGCGGAUAGAGAGGAGAAUCCUGUAACCCUCAUGAAGCUCCAAAGAACCCGACGUCUCAUCUGUUUAAAGGACAAAAUCCCUAUGGAGACCAUUUGCUACCAGUAUUCCCUCAAGGAGCAGCAUAAUGUGGCCAUUAUUCAGACCAACUUUGAUCAGUCGGACAUCAUCUAUUCAUGUCGCUUCUUUCAGUCUCCCAACCACGAAGAAGUUCACUUUUUCUCGGAUAAUCCCAUAUACAUAGAGAACUUCCGGAAUAUGCAUGGAGCUGAAAUAAGGACAGUCCCAGAUUUGCUGACACCCCGAACCAUGAUGUAUCGGGACCAGAAAACCGGCGAGGCUCGGAUAAUGGGUUACUUGGCCAAUGUGCUCACUACCUACGCCGAGAAAGUCAAUGCAAAAGUGCUUAUUGAAAACGCCACCAAAAUAGGCGUUAAGAAGGCCAGCGUGGCGGACAUCCUACGCGGGACUCGAGAGGAACUCCUGGACAUAGGCACUGCCCUGGCCAGUUCCCUGCAGGUUAAGAAUAUGGAUUUCAUCAGCUAUCCCUACCUGCUCACCGGCUACUGCCUGAUGAUUCCAGUGCCGGCCAAGCUGCCUUACAACCAGGUGUACUCCAUGAUUGUGGAUCCAUUGGUGCUGAGCAUUAUCUUUGUCCUGUUUUGUGUGUUCUCCAUAUUGAUUGUGUACACGCAGAACCUCUCUUGGCGGAAUUUGACACUGGCCAAUGUCCUGCUGAACGACAAAAGUCUGCGUGGCCUUCUGGGACAGUCGUUUCCCUUUCCGUCCAACCCCAGCAAGCACCUCAAGUUGAUCAUCUUCGUUUUGUGCUUUGCCAGCGUCAUGAUCACCACCAUGUACGAGUCCUACUUGCAGUCUUACUUUACCCAGCCGCCGUCGGAGCCGUACAUACGCUCCUUUCGGGAUAUUGCCAACUUUUCGAUCAAAGUGGCCCUCAGCCGGAUGGAGGCUAAUGUCUUGACCUCUGUAAACAGCACCCAUUUCCAAGAGAUAAGCAAGGAUCACCUCUUGAUAUACGAGAAUUGGGCUGAGUACCUCAUCCUGCGCGACUCCUUCAACACGAGCUUUAUUUUCCCGGUGUCUGUGGACCGCUGGCGCUGCUAUGAGGCUCAGCAGGAGCUCUUUACGGAGCCCGCCUUCUACCUCUCGGAUCUGUGCUUUAACGAGCUGAUGUUUUUUAGUCUACCAGUGAGACAGUACCUGCCCUAUCGCCACCUCUUCGAGGAUCACAUGAUGCGGCAGCAUGAGUUUGGCUUGGUGGUAUUCUGGAAGAGCCGUAGCUUCUAUGACAUGGUCCAACUGGGCCUGGCUUCUAUAAAGGAUUACAGUCAGAAGCGCAAGUCAGAUGGAAGUCUUUUGCUGGACGAUAUUUCCUGGAUACUUAAAAUAUAUUCGGUGGCGAUAGGACUAAGCAUUCUCUGCUUUAUCCUGGAGGUCACUGGUUGCAUGAAGCUAUGGGAACGACUGUGGAGGUGUCGAAGGUGA